AUGUCGUCCACGCAGUUCUCGUACUCGAGCGCGCGCCUGCGCCGCGUCAAGUACCUGCAGUUCGGCGUGUUCAGCCCCGAGGAGAUCCGCGCCAUGUCCGUGACCAAGCAGACCAAGGUCAACGACCGCAUCAUCCCGGAUGGCAUCUCGCGCCCGGAGACGUACCUGAAUGGCCACCCCGUCAUCGGCGGCAUCGGAGACCCACGCAUGGGCACGUGCGACUUCCGCGCGCGCUGCAAGACCUGCGACUGCACCUACAGCGGCAGCGGCGGCAAGGUGAACGACUGUCCCGGCCACUUUGGCCACAUUGAGCUGGCCCGACCCAUGUACCACAUGGGCUUCAUCAAGGAGGUGCUCAAGAUCUUGCGCUCCGUGUGCUUCCACUGCUCCAAGGUGCUGAGCGACGAGCGCGAUCACCGCUUCAGGUCGGCCAUGAAGAUCAAGAACGGCAAGCGCCGCCUCAAGGCCGUGUACGAGAUCUGCAGCAACAAGAGCAUGUGCGAGUACGGUGAGGAGGCCGACAUGGAAAAGAUGCGCGAGGACCUGAACAUCGGUCUGCAGGGCGGUCUGGACGACAAGUCCAAGCCCAAGGAGGGAGGCCACGGCGGUUGUGGUGGUCUUCAGCCCAAGUACCGCAAGCAGGGCAUUAAGCUGCUGGUCGAGUUCCCCGAGCAGAUGGAGGACGUGCCUGGAUCGGGCGACCGCAAACAGAACCUGCCUGCCGCGAAGGUGCUCUCGAUUUUCAAGAACAUCUCGGACGAAGACUGCUUCGCUCUCGGACUGGACCCGCGUUGGGCUCGUCCGGACUGGCUCGUCAUGACGCUGAUGCCCGUGCCGCCUCCGCACGUCCGUCCUUCUGUGGCUAUCGAUGGCAUGGCGCGUGGUGAAGAUGACCUUACACACAACCUGGCGUCUAUCGUGAAGGCAAACUUGGCGCUGCUCAACUGCGUGCGGAAGGGUGAACCGUCGCACAUUAUCGAGCAGUUCGAACAGCUACUGCAGUUCCAUUUGGCUACCUUCCUCAACAAUGAACAGCCCGGUCUCCCUCAAGCCCAACAGCGGUCCGGAAAACCGCUGAAGACGCUGCGACAGCGUUUGCGUGGUAAAGAGGGUCGUAUUCGUGGUAACCUCAUGGGUAAGCGUGUGGACUUCUCGGCCCGUACCGUCAUCACGGCCGACCCCAACAUUGCCAUUGAUCAAGUCGGUGUCCCUCGUUCGAUCGCCAUGAACCUUACCGUGCCAGAACGUGUCACGCCGUUCAAUAUGAACUACAUGCAUCAGCUGAUUGCGAACGGUCCGCUGGAGCACCCUGGCGCCAAGUACAUUAUUCGUGAAGAUGGCAACCGCAUUGAUUUGCGUUACAUCAAGAACAAGUCGGACCUUGCGCUGAAGUGUGGAUGGAUCGUGGAGCGGCAUCUUCGUGACGACGACUUGGUGUUGUUCAACCGUCAGCCGUCUCUUCACAAGAUGUCCAUUAUGUCUCAUCGCGUGAAGGUGUUUGACUGGUCGACGUUCCGUUUGAACCUGUCCGUCACAUCACCGUACAACGCCGAUUUCGAUGGUGAUGAAAUGAACUUGCACGUGCCGCAGUCCAUGACUGCUCGUGCCGACGCACAGGAGCUGAUGAUGGUGCACAAGGUGAUUAUCACCCCGCAGAGUAACCGUCCCGUCAUGGGUAUUGUGCAGGACUCGCUGCUGGGUGCUCAGAAGUUUACCAAGCGUGACAUUUUCUUGACCAAGGAUUGGGUCAUGAACCUGUUGAUGUGGGUUUCCAACUGGGAUGGAAAGGUGCCGACGCCUGCAAUUCUGGUGCCGAAGAAGGGUGAGUUGGGCAAGUACACUCCGAUCUGGACGGGCAAGCAGCUCUUCUCGACGAUUGUACCGGGGAUUAACUUUACUGGCUUUUCGUCCACACACAACAGCAAGGAGAAGUUCUCGGAUCUCUCUCCCAUCGACUCUCGCGUGAUCAUUCAGCAGGGUGAACUACUUGCUGGUAUUAUUGACAAGAAGAUUAUUGGUUCGUCAGCAGGUGGUUUGAUUCACAUCACGAUGCUUGAAAAGGGUCCCGAUGAGACGAAGCGCCUCCUUGGUGCAAUUCAGCAACUGGUAAACAACUGGUUGGUUGGCCGCAGUUUCACUGUUGGUGUGAGUGACACAAUUGCCGAUGUGUCGACUUUGAAGACUAUUGUCGAUAUUAUUACCCAAGCCAAGGUGCAAGUGCACGAUCUGGUGGUGCGUGGUCAAAAGGGAAAACUUGAAACCCAGCCUGGCCGAACCAUGGUUGAGUCGUUUGAAGGUCUCGUCAAUAUUGUGCUUAACACAGCCCGUGACCAGGCCGGUCGUGAGGCGCAGGGCAGUCUGGAUGAGACAAACAACAUUAAGGCUACGGUGACGUCGGGUUCCAAGGGUUCUUUCAUUAAUAUCUCGCAGAUUAUUGCUUGCGUGGGCCAGCAGAACGUUGAAGGAAAGCGUAUCCCGUACGGCUUCAACCAUCGUACGUUGCCGCACUACGGCAAGGACGAUUUGGGCCCCGAAAGUCGUGGUUUCGUGGAGAACUCGUACCUGAAGGGUUUGACACCUCAAGAAUUCUUCUUCCACGCCAUGGGUGGUCGUGAAGGUCUAAUUGAUACGGCUGUGAAGACGGCCGAGACUGGUUACAUUCAGCGCCGUCUGGUGAAGGCAAUGGAGUCGGUUAUGACGCGUUACGAUGGUACCGUCCGAAAUGCGCAAGGCGAGAUUAUCCAGUUCCUGUACGGUGAAGACGGUAUGGAUGCCGUUUGGGUCGAGAAGCAGCGGUUCGAGUCACACAAGCUGAACAAGGUCCAGUUCGAGAAAAAAUAUGUGUUUGAUCCGUCUGACGAAGAGCUUGGCUGUGUGCCGAACUGCCCCGACCAGCUUUACCUCGAGCCCGAUAUUAUUAAGGACAUCCGAACGAACCAGCGGACACAGCAACUCUUGCGAGAGGAACUGGCUCAGCUUCAGAAGGACCGUGUCAACCUGCGUGUCAUUUUGGCAAGUCGUGGUCAGGGGCAGGAGUCCGAUAACGCUGCCCAGAUUCCUGUUAAUAUCCGGCGUCUGGUGGAAAAUGCCCAGCAGCUAUUCAGCAUCGACAUGAGGAAGCCGUCUAGCUUGCACCCAUCCCGCAUUAUUGAGGGUGUUAAGGAGCUGUGCAAGAAGAUUAUUGUCGUGCAGGGCGAUGACCGACUGAGUAUUGAAGCCCAGGAGAACGCAACUUUGUUCUUCCAGAUUCUGUUGCGGUCGACGCUGGCCUCCAAGUGUGUUACGCUUGAGCACCGCCUGACUGAGACAGCGUUCGAAUGGCUGAUGGGUGAAAUUGAGUCCAAGUUUACUAGCGCUUUGGUGUCUGCUGGUGAAAUGGCUGGUGUUGUUGGUGCGCAGUCGAUUGGUGAGCCGGCGACGCAGAUGACGCUGAACACAUUCCACUACGCCGGUGUGUCCGCAAAGAACGUGACGCUUGGUGUGCCUCGCCUGAAGGAAAUUAUGAAUAUCGCAAAGGACGUGAGAACUCCGUCAUUGCGUAUCUUCUUGACACCCGAUUGCGCACACGAUGCCGACAAGGCAAAGUUCAUUCAGUCGCAACUCGAAUACACAACGCUGGCUGAUGUGACGGCGAACACCUCCAUCUACUACGACCCGGACCCGAUGAACACUGUGGUUGAGGAAGACCAGGAGUUCGUGGCGUCGUACUACGAAAUGCCCGAUGAAGACACGCCGAUCGCUCGUUCUCCGUGGCUUCUGCGUAUCGAGCUGAACCCGAAGAUGAUGGCCGACAAGAAGCUGACGAUGGGCGAAAUUGCCGCGCAGGUUGAGUCCGAGUACGGUCAGGAUCUUUCAUGUAUCUUCACGGAUGAUAACGCCGAUCGUCUCGUGCUGCGUAUUCGUAUUAUGAGCGAUGAGGAGGAGAAGCUCCAGCGCUCGGGUGAGACUGCCGUAGGACAGGAAGAUGACACGUUCCUGAAGCGUGUGGAACACAACAUGCUGACGCAGAUGAAGCUGCGCGGUAUUGAGGGUGUGAAGAAGGUGUACAUUCGCGAGGGCCCGUCGACGCACUGGUUCGACGACGUUGGCUUCAAGAUGAUGAAUGAGUGGAUGCUGGAUACGGAUGGCACGAACUUGCUUGAUGUAAUGUGCUACCCGCAGGUCGAUGCCACCCGUACCAUUUCGAACGAUAUUGUGGAAAUCAUUCAGGUGCUGGGUAUUGAGGCCGUUCGUCGCGCUCUUCUGAACGAAAUCCGGCAGGUUAUUUCGUUCGAUGGUGCUUAUGUGAACUAUCGGCAUUUGGCUUGCUUGUGUGACGUGAUGACGUUCCGUGGUCACCUCAUGGCUAUCACUCGCCACGGUAUCAACCGUGACGACUCUGGCCCGCUUGUCCGAUGUUCGUUCGAGGAGACGGUGGAGAUUCUGAUGGAUGCUGCUAUGUUCUCAGAGGGUGACCCGUUGACGGGUGUGUCCGAAAAUGUGAUGCUUGGCCAGCUGGCCCCUCUUGGUACGGGUAUCAUGGACCUGGUGCUCGACGCCAAGAAGCUUGCGAACGCUAUCGAGUACGAGGCUUCGGAGAUCCAGCAGGUGAUGCAGGGUCUCGACAACGAGUGGAGGAGCCCGGACCAAGGACCUGGUACGCCGAUGGCGACUCCGUUCGCGUCGACGCCGGGCUUUUCGGCCUCGUCGCCGUUCAGCCCUGGUGGCGGUUCGUUCUCGCCGGCGGCUGGUGCCUUCUCGCCCAUGGCGAGUCCGGCAUCUCCCGGAUUCAUGGCGGCUUCGCCUGCGCACAGCCCAGCGUCUCCGCUGAACCCCACAUCGCCUGCAUACAGCCCCAUGUCCCCAGCCUACUCUCCCACUUCGCCUGCGUACAGUCCGACUUCGCCUGCUUACAGCCCGACAUCUCCCGCGUACUCGCCGACGUCACCUGCUUACAGCCCCACGUCGCCUGCAUACUCGCCGACCUCGCCGGCUUACAGCCCGACUUCCCCAGCGUAUUCGCCGACGUCCCCGGCAUACAGCCCGACGUCUCCGGCCUACAGCCCCACUUCGCCGGCGUACUCGCCGACUUCCCCAGCGUACAGCCCGACGUCUCCGGCUUACUCGCCGACAUCGCCUGCAUACAGCCCGACGUCUCCAGCUUACAGCCCGACUUCGCCUGCGUACUCGCCGACGUCUCCUGCGUACAGCCCGACGUCUCCGGCCUACAGUCCGACGUCUCCGGCUUACAGUCCUACUUCUCCGGCAUACACACCCGCGUACUCGCCGACGUCUCCAGCCUACAGUCCGACAUCACCAGCGUAUUCGCCGACGUCGCCUGCCUACUCGCCGACAUCGCCUGCGUACUCGCCCACAUCGCCUGCCUACUCGCCCACAUCUCCAGCGUACAGCCCGACGUCGCCCGCCUACUCGCCAACGUCUCCGGCGUACAGCCCAACGUCGCCAAGCUACAGCCCAGCGUCGCCCGAGUAUAACCCUACGGAGGGCUACAACCCGACUGCGAGCGGCUACAGUCCGACUGAUGGUGACGAGAAGAAGGAGGAGGAGGAUGCGAAGUAA